CGCCAACGCCAAGGCCUCGCCCAUCCCGAUACCGUUCCAUGUGGCCAGGGACCAGGCAAAGGAUCGCAUCCGGAAGCCGGGAGCUUUAAGGACAAUGGACCUGGGCCACUGGCUGCUGCAGCUGGUCGUGCACAUUCUGUUGGUUGUGCGGCGCAUUCAGUGUCUACGUGUGACUGACAUCAAUGUGCCACAAAUUGUUGAUUUUCGUGAUAACGUGACAUUAUCCUGCAGCUAUGACAUAAGUGGUCACACGUUAAAUUCGGUUAAGUGGUACAAAAACGGAAGAGAGUUUUUUAGAUACUCGCCCCUCACACCGCCCACCUACAUACCCUUCGAUGUGGAGGGGGUGCGGCUGAUCGAUGGCGGCAACGAUUGCAACGAAUACUCCUGUCGCGUAGAGCUCAAUUUAUUGGGCGUCCAGUCGUCGGGCGUUUACAGGUGCGAAGUGUCCGGAGAUGCACCCCAUUUCCAGCUAACAGCACGCGAUGCCAACAUGAGCGUCGAGGCUCUCCCGCAAAACAAUCCUCUUAUAAGCAGUUUCCACUCCAUGUAUCGCUACGACGAUUUUGUCCAAGUUAAUUGCAGCACUGACUUUUCUAGCCUUUAUACCCGGAUAACCUGGUAUAUAAAUGGAUUGAAGGUCUCUCUAGUGGAUCUAUUGCCCAGCAUAGAAACUACGAUCGCUGCCCACGACUACAAUAUGCGUCGUGUGGUAUCCCAAUUGAAUUUCUAUGCCAAUGAGCAGCGAUAUCAUCAAUUGCAACUCAACAAGCUGGUUCAGCAAAAGCGAACCAUAUCGCCAGCUCGCCUAGGUCUGGAUCUGCGAUGUGUGGCGGAAAUAGAUCGAUAUCCGGACUUGCAACGUGAGGCAAGCAUGACGGCCCAGCUCUUUCGCGACGACCUCGACCUCAAGAAUCAGAAGCUAACCAACUCCAGAUCGGUGGCCAGCAUUCCGGAUGGCAAAGUGCAUCAUCUGCAGCUCCGGGCAAUGGUAAUGGCUGCUGGGAUGACCGCAGCGCGACUUUUGACGCCGCUGACAUUUCAAUAUGGCGCACGGAAGUCGGCCCGCUACAAAAUGGCGGCGACAGGAUGAAUUGCGUGUUUUCUGUUUUCCGGUUUUUAUUGCGUUUGUUGAAAUACUUUUCUAGCUCUAAGCAACUGAAAUGCACGUGAGAAUUUACAAACAAAAAACUUUAAUGAAAAACACAGCAGAAUAAAUAUGCAAUGUAACAAGAAUGUAUAAUUGUAAUUAAAUGUCACUGAGUUUAAAGAACUACAUAAGUAAAAAACAAAGGGAAUUAACUUUAGUCUAGGCAAGCGGAUAUUGUAAAUAGCCUUUAAGUGUGCAAUGGAAAUUUAAGAACACAAAAGAAUCAUCAUCAAUAAACGAGAAAACAAAUAAA